CUUGACUCGGAUUCAUAACUCAAAGGCAAGAGACCUCCUCCACUUUCUACUCUUUCACCGAUCAAACCCGUUAAAUCAGGCCAUUACCUAGGUACUACAGCACCUACCUACUUUACCUCUUACCUAACAACCUAACAAUCUAACAACCUUAUCCCGUCCAAUCUUCAAUCGUUCCCUCCCUUUUACUAACAUAUCGUCUCGUCCCAACGUCUCCUUCCCCAGCGCAUUCAACAACACCUAAGAAACAAGAAUAACCAACCCAUACGCCGUCCAUACUACGACUAGUAAAUAUCCGAUACUUUGUCUUUGGAGAAUAUUUCCUUUGGACAACGAACAGAACAUUCCAACCCAAAUCCGAAAAGACAACGUACGAGAGAGAACCCUAUCACUUAACGAACAGAUCUUAGGGCCACUUAAGAAGGAAUAAAGAAAUACCACUGCAAGGGAAUAUCUCAACUAUAGAAAGGCAGAAACAAGAGCAAAGAGCAAAAUGAGUAGCCCACGCAGACGAAUCGAGACAGAUGUCACUCUGGUCAACGACAACAAAUUCUAUGUCCGAUUCAAGGGACCCGCCGAGACACCCUUCGAGCACGGGACCUGGAAAGUCCACGUCGAGUUGCCUGACCAAUACCCGUAUAAGUCGCCUAGUAUUGGUUUCGUGAACCGGAUCUUCCACCCGAAUAUAGAUGAGCUGUCCGGCUCGGUUUGCUUGGAUGUCAUUAACCAAACCUGGUCACCGAUGUUCGAUAUGAUCAACAUAUUUGAAGUCUUCCUUCCGCAACUCCUCCGAUAUCCCAACCCCGCCGACCCUUUAAACGGUGAAGCGGCUGCAUUGUUGAUGAGGGAGCCGAAAAGCUACGACGCUAAAGUCAAGGAAUAUGUCCAAAAAUACGCCAGUAAGGAUGCUGCAGACGACGCCGGGGCCGAGAGCGAAGACGACGACGAUAUGUCCUCGGUUGCAAGCUUCGGAGAUGAAGAGGACGAGCCCGCCGGUCAGAUGGAUGACGUGUGAUCAAUCGUCUCACAUCAUUCCCUUAUAUUUCAACUCGCCUCUCUUCGAUGAAUCAACUCUGGAUUAAGGAGUAAUACGGAUUUCCCUUGCGGUUAUGGGUGGGUUUUGGUGUUUUUACGCGUAAUUUGCAUACGGAAUUGAGCCGACUGCUGGAAUUGCAAUCGUUCUCAAUAGCUAGCAUUGAUAUUUCACUGGACCUCCUCCGAUACUGUUCUUGAUCAGCUUGCUAUUUUCGCACCAAAUCGUUGGAGGUGGACACUCUUGAUUGCUUUCAUGAUCAUUAUAGAACAAGGGUAUCAAUGAUAAAUUUCAAUCAACACGACUAAAC